UUCUAUUUGGUCAUACGGAAGUGAGGCGCAGGAGGCAGCUGCGAUGGCCGAGACCCACAGCCUCCAGGAGCUGCAGACUCCUCCGGUCUCUUCUAAAGUCUUCAUCCAGAGAGACUACACCUCAGGGACCAUUUGCAGGUUCCAGACCAAGUUCCCCUCGGAGCUUGAGAACCGGGUGGACAAGCAGCAGUUUGAGGACACAAUCCAGACCCUGAAUAACCUGUACGCAGAGGCAGAGAAACUUGGGGGGCGGUCCUACCUGGAGGGCUGUUUGGCCUGUCUCACUGCAUACACUGUGUUUCUAUGUCUGGAGACACACUAUGAGAAGGUUUUGAAGAAGAUCUCGAGGUUCAUAAAAGACCAAAAUGAGAAGAUCUAUGCCCCCAGAGGCCUGCUGUUGACAGACCCCAUUGAGAGGGGGCUCCGAGUCGUUGAAAUCACUAUCUUUGAAGACAGAGGCGUCGGCUCUGGCAGAUAAAGCGCACAAGACUCGGACACACCACCAUUUUGUCCCCUCGCCCACUCUGGAGUUUCCAAAACGACUGUACAUACAUUUGGACCUGUUCUUAUUAUUUAUAAGUUUUCACAUGUGUAUCUGUAAUUAUUUUUAUUUCCACAUUUUUUACACAUUGCCAUAUCGCCUUUGCUGCUUUUAAACUCAACAUUUGUUUGUGACACAGAAAUACUUUGGACUUCUCUCUCUACUUUGUGUUCUGUGGAUUGUAUUACAUUAUUUUUGCUCGUAGCCUUCUAAAGAGGCAGUAGCAUGUCGUUAACUGUGCAUGAAUGUGACAAAAUGAAGUGCAUAAUUAAGUCUUUAAAUGCACCUCUGUGUAACCUUUGAAAAUGUUAAUCUGCACACAAGUUUUUAAUAUAUUUUUUCCUGUUUGUAUUUCUUUAAUUACUAAUGUCUUUAAACCAUAAUAUACUUUAAAAUAUGCCAUUACUGUGUUCUUGUUUCAUAAACCACUGUUUCUCUAUGUAAAUAAAUGUGUUUUAUCUGAAAA